AUGAAUUGUAGAAUUUUUGAUUCGUACUACUCUGAAAUAAUGUCAUUAGGAACCGAAAAUGUGAAGCAAAUGGAUAAAAUUAUUAUUGACUUUAAAUACUUCAUUCCUGGCUCAACAUUGAACCUUGUCGAGAUGGUUGAAGCAAUUGAAUAUUCAAUUUCCUCAAUUAUAGUUAAGCUAGAGUUACAGUAUCCGUUCGUAUUUUCCUACUACGGGAGAAGAUUAUUUAGUGAAUCUUUCCCGUGGAUGAAAAGAGACAUAAAUGAACUACUUCUAGGUUGCCAGGGUAAUUAUGAAUUGACCCAUGACAUGCUAGUUCUUAAGGACUUGUGGAAGCUUCAUUGUAAAAUUCAAUCUGGGUAUAACUCACUAGAUGUGAUGCAGGUAAUAAGUAAUGAUACUUCCUUGAAAAAUGAUUCAUUUCCUGCAAUAAAUGCUUUAAUUUCAUUUGGUGAUUCUGUUGGUUCACUUCGUCAGAAUGCGUAUAGCGUAACUUUCUUCUUGAUUGAGGCUAUCGAAGAAUCUUUUGUUAAAUUAAAUAGUGAAAGAACGAGAUCUACGGUAUUCUUCAGAAAUAGUUUGAAAAGAAAGGAUAAGGUAAAGCUUAGCAGGGGAAAGAAAUAUGUUAAACUAUUUUAA